CCGAGGAAGCAUCGCUGAAGGCUCUCAUUUCCCUGCCGUCAUGUCCAAGUCAGAGUCUCCCAAGGAGCCGGCACAGCUGCGGAAGCUCUUCAUUGGAGGGCUGAGCUUCGAAACCACCGACGAGAGUCUGAGGAGCCAUUUUGAGCAAUGGGGAACACUCACGGACUGCGUGGUCAUGAGAGAUCCAAACACCAAACGAUCCAGGGGCUUUGGGUUUGUUACGUACGCCACUGUGGAGGAAGUAGAUGCCGCUAUGAAUGCGAGACCCCAUAAGGUGGAUGGAAGAGUUGUGGAACCCAAGAGAGCUGUGUCGAGAGAGGAUUCUCAGAGACCGGGUGCCCACUUAACCGUGAAAAAGAUCUUUGUUGGUGGUAUUAGAGAAGACACGGAAGAACAUCACCUGAGAGAUUAUUUUGAGCAGUAUGGGAAGAUUGAAGUGACUGAAAUCAUGACUGACAGAGGCAGUGGAAAAAAGAGAGGGUUUGCUUUUGUCACCUUUGAUGACCAUGACUCCGUGGACAAGAUUGUCAUUCAGAAAUACCAUCCUGUGAACGGGCACAACUCUGAAGUAAGAAAAGCCCUAUCCAAGCAGGAGAUGGCUAGUGCUUCGUCCAGCCAAAGAGGUCGAAGUGGUUCUGGAAACUUCGGUGGUGGUCGUGGAGGCGGUUUUGGCGGCAAUGACAAUUUUGGUUGAGGGGGAAACUUCAGUGGUUGUGGUGGCUUCGGUGGCAGCCGUGGUGGUGGUGGAUACGGUGGCAGUGGGGAUGGCUAUAAUGGAUUCGGUAAUGAUGGUGGUUAUGGAGGAGGCGGCCCUGGUUACUCUGGAGGAAGCAGAGGCUAUGGAAGUGGUGGACAGGGUUAUGGAAACCAGGGCAGUGGCUAUGGCGGGAGUGGCAGCAUUGACAACUAUAACAAUGGAGGAGGCAGAGGCGGCUUUGGCGGUGGUAGUGGAAGCAAUUUUGGAGGUGGUGGAAGCUACAAUGAUUUUGGCAAUUACAACAAUCAGUCUUCAAAUUUUGGACCAAUGAAAGGAGGAAACUUUGGCGGCAGAAGCUCUGGCCCUUAUGGUGGAGGAGGCCAGUACUUUGCUAAACCACGAAAUCAAGGUGGCUAUGGUGGUUCCAGCAGCAGCAGCAGCUAUGGCAGGGGCAGGAGGUUCUAA